UCGGCAGAGGCGGCCGCCACAGCGACUCGCCGCCAUCACCCCUGCCGCUUCAGCCAUCACAGCCUCGGCUCCUGGGGCCGCCGCGGCCGCCGCCUCAGCGGGAGAGGAGCCGUCGCCGGGACUGCCCGCCGCCGCCCCGCACUUCAGGGUACAGUACUCAUCUGUGUGAGAUACUAUUUAAAUCCUAAGACUAUAAUAAAGUGGCAAUGUCUCGGGAACCUACCCCACCUUUACCUGGAGAUAUGUCUACUGGUCCUAUAGCAGAAAGCUGGUGUUAUACACAGGUUAAAGUAGUAAAAUUUUCCUACAUGUGGACCAUUAAUAACUUCAGUUUUUGUCGAGAAGAAAUGGGUGAAGUGUUAAAAAGUUCAACAUUUUCAUCUGGCCCAAAUGACAAAAUGAAAUGGUGCCUGAGGGUAAACCCAAAGGGAUUAGAUGAUGAAAGUAAAGACUACUUGUCCUUAUAUUUGCUUUUAGUCAGCUGCCCCAAAAGUGAAGUUCGAGCAAAAUUCAAAUUUUCCCUUCUGAACGCUAAAAGGGAAGAAACAAAAGCAAUGGAAAGCCAAAGAGCAUACCGAUUUGUGCAAGGGAAGGACUGGGGUUUUAAAAAAUUCAUUAGAAGGGAUUUUUUGCUUGAUGAAGCCAAUGGUCUUUUACCAGAUGACAAGCUUACAUUAUUUUGUGAGGUGAGUGUGGUCCAGGACUCAGUAAACAUAUCAGGACAUACUAAUACAAAUACCUUGAAGGUGCCUGAAUGUCGACUAGCAGAAGAUUUAGGUGAUCUCUGGGAAAACACAAGAUUUACAGAUUGCAGUUUUUUUGUGAGAGGACAAGAAUUUAAAGCUCAUAAAUCUGUACUUGCAGCCCGAUCCCCAGUUUUCAAUGCAAUGUUUGAACAUGAAAUGGAAGAAAGCAAAAAGAAUCGAGUAGAAAUAAAUGAUUUAGACCCUGAGGUUUUUAAAGAAAUGAUGAGAUUUGUUUACACGGGAAAAGCACCAAAUCUUGAUAAAAUGGCUGACAACUUGUUGGCAGCUGCAGACAAAUAUGCACUGGAACGACUGAAGGUCAUGUGUGAAGAAGCUUUGUGUAGUAACCUCUCAGUAGAAAAUGUUGCUGAUACCCUUGUCCUUGCAGAUUUGCACAGUGCAGAACAGUUGAAAGCACAAGCCAUAGACUUUAUUAAUAGGUGCAGUGUACUUCGACAGCUUGGGUGUAAAGAUGGGAAAAACUGGAACAGCAAUCAAGCAACUGACAUAAUGGAAACAUCAGGGUGGAAGUCCAUGAUUCAGUCACACCCUCAUUUAGUAGCCGAAGCCUUCCGAGCACUGGCGUCUGCACAGUGUCCACAGUUUGGCAUUCCUCGCAAACGGCUAAAACAGUCCUGAAAUCGUCCAUGAACAGUAGAAAAAUGGAAUUGACCUUUACUCCUCCAGGUCCAGAAGGAUGCUAAUACACAAACCAUAAGCAAGAGUUGUAUCUGUUUUCUUGUCCACAGAACAGAUGGUGAAAAGCAUAUUACUUGCAUUUCAGGUGGAUAAUUUAUGGUUUAUUCUUCAGCUUUAAAUUAGACUGAUUAAUUCACUUCAAGGCCUUAAAUUAUCUUCAAUGACUUCUCUUGUUCAUACAAUACUUUAAUUUUUUUAUUGUGCCUUGUCAUUUUGACCAGGCUAUGCAGGAUUGCACUAGCUCCAUAAUGCAGUAAUUCUGAUAACUGAAAAUACUAAGUUUCAAAAGGAUCUUCCAUUAUUUUGAGAAAAGAAAAAUGAAUUUAGAGGUUUUGUCCUGUGCUAUCUCAAAGUUUAAAUGUAGGUUCUCCUUAAAAGCACUUGUAUUGGAGAUUACCAGUAGUGUCUCCAGUCUGAGUUGUAUAAAUAUAGAAGAACCUGCUUACCUUCAAGGUAAGUUAUGGCAAUACACUGCUUCAGUUCUAAUUUAUUUUUCAUUUCAGGGGGCAAAUAUGCAAUGAGUUGGCCCAGACUUUUAGUAAAAUUUGUGGUGUUUGUUAACUAUUCAACAAGCUGUGGGUUUAUCCAAAUUUACAAUGAUUGAUAACUAAUUGAGGUUAAGAUUUCAAUAAGAAAGCAUGUUUUCUGCUGAAGUAUUUUUUUUUAAUUUAUAGUGACCUACAUUUAUAUGAGGAAUUCUGUACAUGUUAAAAGUUAAGGAUGACCAAAUGUAAAUUUAAUGAGUGGGCCAAUUAAGAAAGAUAUAUAUGCACUUUUAAUGUGUAACUUUUGUAUGCUGAAUGGUACAUAUAUUUUUUCCUGUUUUUGAAGGAAUUAAUAAGGUGUAAUUAAUUGUGUCUUAACUUUUGAAAUAAUUUUUUAAGACAGAUGGAAGCAACUGGGAUGUUUGUGAUAAUAGAUAAGAAGGGUCUCCUUGAUUACAGUUAAAUUGGUUUGAAUUUCAGAUAUUCAUAUUCCUGUUUUUUCAUACUUUGGAAAAGGCACCUGAACAAUAAACAAAUCCUGGACAGUCUACUCUCUUUCAAAUAGUGAACUAAUAGAAUUUGCCUGUGCAAGAUGCAUACAAAGGAGAGAACUCUUAGAUUGUUUCAGGCUGCACUAUGAAGCUUUUCUCCCCUUGUUUUCUCCUUUGUGUUUCAGUUACUGUACUAACAUUGUGGAUGAUAUUGAAAUUCUGCAUAAUGUGAACAGGAUAAACUAUUUAUAAACUGCUUUUCAUGGGCCAGUUCUUUAUUAUAAAUGAAUUUUAGCUUUAAACACAUAUAUACAUGUUCAGUGUUUGUUAGUUGUGUUCCUAAAGAAGGUCUGUUUUGGUGCAUUGUCCCAGAGAAGCAGGAGCAAUCAGUGUCAGGCUGUUGGAUCUGACUUACUGUAGCAGUGCAGUGUGCUUCUUAGGUAAGAUUUAUAUUUGGCCACAAGAGAAAAGUGUGUCACUGGGGAAAAAAUGCAUAUAACUAUGUGUUUGCAUAUAUAACUUUAUUCUGCAGAUUAGAAUUUAUAUAAUUUGUUUAGUUUUUCAGUUCAGGGCAAAAGGAAAAAAAUGAAGCUUGAGAAUAGGUUUUUUGUUUGCUGUCUCUUUACUAGGUGUUAACUGAAGGAAUCAAAACAUAUCAGGACUGAUUCAUAACUUACUUUGAGCAGGCACUAUCAAAAUAAGCGUUUGUUAUCCACAACAAACAGGAUUUUGAAAGGUCACAUUUUCAGAUUUAGCUUCUUUCUCUGAUGUUUAAUUGAUGUUUAAUUGUUGUGGUAACUUAAAUUGGAAGAAUCUCUUGGAAUAGGAGAAAUAUUCUUCCCUGGUAAUGGACUUCGUCCUAAGUAAGAAUGUUGUGGAGAAUAGAAAUUCACUUCCUUUACUCCACCAUUAAGAUUGAGCCUAUUAAAUUUACAUGUGGAAUAUAAAAAAUAAGUGUACACAUCUAUGUAUACACUUUUAAGAUUUUAACAGUCUUACAGGAAAACAAAUUGAUAAUUAAUAUUGUCAUCAAGAAAAAGUGGAUAUAUCUAAAGGACAGCACAAUGGCACAUUGAGAAUUGAUUCACUGCUCUAAUCUACAUUUCUAGCCACAAUGACUUCAAUAAUCAUACUGUAUAGUGAACGUUUCAGCUUACCCUUGCCUACUGUAGUGUUUAUUGCAAAUCCUAAGGAUUUCAUAAGGAUUUUUAAGUUUGGUAGCACAUUUUGUACCAAAAAUGUCAAACACUGUGCUAUGAGAAUAUCCAUGGUUAUAAAAGUAUCCACUUUUCAGGUAAUACAAUGCCUACCAUUGUACUAACAGAAUCUUAUGGUAGUUGAUUUAUUUUUUUAUUUAUUAUGUAUAUUUUUGGUAUGGUGGGUUCUUGAGACAAUGAUAAAAAACUUAAUGUAUUCUGAAGCAAGUGCUCUAAUUGCCUUUUUCUUCUUCCAUUUUUAAAACACAUUGUUUUCAAAAUAGGCACAGAUCUUUCCAGAGCAAUCUUGCCUUUCAAUUUAUCAGCCUGCUCCUGCUUCCCUUUUGUCACCCAAGUAGGGCUUUUCCUUAGAAAGUAGUGAGUGGUUUUAAAUACAUGUUUAAAAAAUAACCAUUGGAUAACUGUUCUUUAAGAUCUAGAAAUACUGUAUUUGUGCCUUUUUCAUUUUUAAAAUUUAAUGUAUAUUGGUAUUUGGAGCACAAAUAUGAAGGUGCCAUACUAUGGCUUGCCAAUGUUACCUCCUUGAAUACUCAUGUGUCAUUGUCUUGAAAUAGUAAUUGGAGAAUCUUGCAUGAAUUAUGUGAUUGUGUGUGUAUGUGUGUGUGUGUGUGUGUGUACGUAUGUAUGUGGGUACCUGUAUUUCUUGGGCUUGUGUGUGGUUUGUUCAAAGAGUGUAUUUCUGAAACUAGGACUCAGUUUAAUGUUGAAAGUUCAGGUUAGUUGAAAUAUUUCACUUAAAUGUGCUUUAUUUGGAGACACAGUUAAUUGACAAAUUAUAAUUCUUAAAAAAAUGUGUUCAAUUUACUGCAUGAUAAAAUGUGAAGAUAGUGCCUUUUUAGGUCAUCAGUUAUAACAAAAUUAAAUAUUAUCAAAGAUCUCUGAAAAAGUUGUCAUGAACAUUUUUAUUUAUUUUUAAGCUAUAUCUAAGUGAGAGCUUAAAUUGUCAAAAGUAUAAUUACUAACUAACCUAUCCAUUUAAGUUUUGUGUAUAACUUUCAAAUCGAAGCAGAAUUCUUUACAAAAUUGUGGAUCAUAGAAAGUACCUAGUGUUACUAAAAUACAAGGAAUUUGGUAAGUUAAGUUUGUGAAUAUCUGACAACAAUUUUGCAU